CACACAUGCACAGCGUCAGGCUGAUACUUGCUGCUCAGGGAGGAUUACUGAGCUGGUGUUGUGUUUAUGAAAGGCGUAGAAGGAUCUGACCGAUGAUCUCUGCGUCACUGCGUUUUAUUGACUGACACCUGAACAGGGAAGACUCCACGCAAGGCAGCACUGUUGUCACAGCAUUUGCCACCAUGUCUGAGAGCGAGACUGACACAACUGUUUCCAAAAAGGAUCAUCCGGAAGCUUUGGCUUUGGAAAUGACUUGCCCCAUCUGCUUGGGGCUCUUCUCUGAGCCGGUGUCUCUUCCCUGUGGUCACAUCUACUGCUUUGCCUGCCUUCACACCAUGGGAGAAGGCCUGGACCAACACAGCUGCCCCGAGUGCCAGACAGAGUACAGUGGCAUUGAAGACAUGGUGAAAGUCAACUCCACUGCAAACCCUGUUGACGUUGACCACGCAACAAUCAAGAGCGAUGAAGGGUGUCAGGGAAAGGGAGGCCUUCAGAUUGGGUCUGCAUCCACAGAAGAACGAGGGAAAGGCAAGAUGGAAAUGGAUCAGCCUAAAUUCAGACUGGCAUCUCAAGUCACAGAGUUGAGCCUCAAGUUGGAGAUGGCAGAGAGUGUGCUGAGGAAAGAGAAGGACCGGGACUUGGAGGUGAGCACCGCUAAUGGUCAGCUGAGAGACAAAGCGUCCAAGCUGUUAGAGCAGAUCAGAGAUCUGUCGCAGAGCUACAGCGCACAGGUGAUGCAGCUGAUCGAAGAAGAGCUCGGUCCAGGUGAGGCCUGUGUGGCCAGUCGGGUCGGUCGAGCAUCUGAGGUGACUAAGCAGCUGAGGCAAGCCAUGCUUAGAGCAGAGUCCCUCCUGACCGAAGAUGAUGAGACUGAAUUUAGUGACGAGCUUCAGACUCUACAACCACACAUCGAGGAGUUAAUGGCCAAGCCGGUAGAGGAGGAGGAAGACUACGUUGAAUCAAAACUCAACCCCCUGCGAGCCUGUUCCAAGCUGGAGCAAAUGGGCACAGAGUUGCGGGAGCGAAUUGGAGAUAUCCAGCGUUCCCUUCGAAACACCCUCAACCCUUCAGAGGUGACCUUUGACCCAGAGACAGCCCAUCCCAACCUCAUCCUCUCAGAGGAUCUGAAGACUGUGACUUUCAGUGCUGCCAAACAGACUUACCCACCAUCCCCUCAAAGGUUCACCAGCUUCUUCCAGGUCCUCAGCACCCAGAGCUUCUUUGAAGGCGAACAUUGCUGGGAGGUGGACCUGGAAGGCUCUCCGUGGAUCAUAGGUGUGUGCUACAGUGGGAAGUUAGCACGCAGCGGGCUGCCCUCCGCUCUGGAGAGCAGCCGGAGCUCCUGGUGUUUGAUGUGGUUCAACAACCUGCUGACAGCCUUUGAGCAGAGCCACAGCGUGCCGCUGAAGAAGACCACAGUGUCCCGCAGGCUAGAGAUCAGACUGAGUUUCAAGACCCACAGGCUGAGCUUCUACAGCAUCAGCCCCAUCAGCGGAAAGACUCAUGUGUACACAUUUAAGGCGAACCUGACUGAACCAGUGCACCUGGCCUACAGGAUGAUGUCAGGGCACCCCAAAGCAUUUGCCACUAUUCAUAAGUGAAGAAUUUCUUAAGCUAGGAAUCCAGAGUUAAGAUGGAACAGAUCCUGUCCUAGAUUUAAAAUAAUAACCACCAUUGUGAAGUCUGUAUGGCAAAUACAUAAACUACAUCCACAUUUCUGAAGGAGAUAUAUUAUGCUCACUUUCAGGUUCCCCUUGUUUUAAUUUGGUGUUAAUAAUAGAAAAGGUUUACCUGCUUUAACACAUCAGUUUGCUCAUACUGUCUGACUCCUGUCUCUUCAAGCCCCCCUUAUGAAUACCCAGCCUCCUCUCAUUGGUCAGCUUACACACACCUGAUCCAGCACCGCUAACAACAAUAGAGCAGCUGUGCCAAAUCAAUUCUUACAUGUCAAACUAGCUGCGAGGCAGAAAUUUCAGAAAUGUGUGACAUAAUGUGAUGUCUUGAAGUCACGGCGAAUUUACGACGAGGCGUUUCAGAAGCAGUGUAUUAUGUGAGAGAGAGGAGCUUCUGCUGGUGUGUGCUUUGUCCAUUUUAACUUUCAAGAUCUUUUUCAUGCACAAGAACAUAUGGAACAGUGGAGGAAGGAGAAAAAAAUGGAAAAGCUCUAUGUGCUACAUAUCACUGGCUGUCGUUGAGACAUGCAUGCUCAAUUGCAGUGCUGAAUUGAUAUAUUAAGAAAUGUCAUUAACAGUAUUUGUUAUUCACUGAAGGGUAAUAAACAGCGUGAUGCAUAGUACUUGCUUUAAAUGUUAAAAACAAAGCAAAUAUGUCAACAUUGAAAAAAAUAUUGUGUUUAUUGAUGUAUUUUCCAUUUCCAACUGACCAAUAAAAUCCUUACAGAAUUAUAUGUA